AUGGUCCUCCAAAGCUUUCGUAAUAAAUACGAAAAACGACGAAGACGGCGGGAUUUCUACAAUUCUCCAAAAAUCAUCAGCCAAAAAAGACUUGUAGAAAUCCAACAACACCGUUAUUGGCAUCACCUCUGUUGGCGAGAGAGAUUGGAAUUGGAGAAUUUAGAGAAUAAGUCGUCUUCUAAAAAGCCCUUGAUACUCUUCAUUGGUGAUCAAGGGACCGGUGCCGGUUUUCAAAUCAAAGCCUUUAGAAAGUGUAGUGGUAAGUGGAAGCAGAAUAUACAUGGGGAAGCAGUUAAUAUCUGCAUCACAAAUGAGUGCAAGACCUCCCAAUCGUGUAUAUUAUGCUUUUCGCCUUUAACCAGCCCGAGGAUUCCUGGUAAGAAGGAAGGAAGUUACAAAGUCAACAAAGGCACCUUCCUUUGUAUCAAUCUUCGGUGCAUAACUGUCAAGAAUCGAUGUUCAAGUAGCCCGAGAGAUGCACUUUUAGCUCUCGCCAUUGCACUGGUAGGGCUAGGAUCAGUUAUAUUUGGUGCUGCGCCAUCUCCUUUUUACAACGUCAGUCAAAUAACUGCUGAAAUUAUACAGAAACUACAUCUGACUUCUGUACACGAAGAGACGGCUUGGCAGCUACGCUGUAGCUUUAGAGCGCCUUCUACCAUUAGAAACUAUAGCUGGAAGUACAAUUCCGGAUCUUCAUAUGUGAAAUUUGAUGAAGGCGUCCAGGAAUUUCUUGAGACAUUGUUCAUCAGAGGUACCAGCGGAAAUGUACAACUGCCCUCCUUCGACGACAGGCCAGUCUUUGUGGAUCCUAGCUCAGGCAUACUAAAGUACGGCAAUGAGACCUACCAUAUGGUCCGUUUCUAA